UGUCAGUCAUCUUCUUUCUUACACCUUAUUAACAUACGUUAAGAGAACUGGAGUAUUAAAUUCAAGGUUUUAUCAUGGGUUUUAAGGCAGAAUUGUUUUUAAAAAGCAUCGAUGAAAACCUAUUCUGUUCAAUAUGCCAUGAAGUAUUUGAAGAUCCUGUGAGCUGUAAAGAUGGCCACACAUUCUGCAAAGAUUGCAUAACGACAUGGCUAAAGACGAACAAGAAAUGCCCACUGGAUAACGGGUCACUUGAGGAAAAGCAGCUUGUUCGUUUAUUAACGGUCAGGGGAAUCAUAGAUAAUCUUGAUGUGUACUGCCACCCCCAGUCAUUUCAAAAUGAAUUGCCUACGUCAGAGAUUAAAGCUGGGGACUCUAAAGUGGGAUGUGAGUGGAUUGGCAAACUACAAAAUCUUUUGCAACACAGAAAGACUUGUCCUUUCCUGGAGAUGCAAUGUCCACACGGAUGCAACGAAAAGAUACAGAGAAGAAAGAUGGAAGACCACGAUGAGAUAUGCGAGCAAAAGUUGAUUGAUUGCAGUGAAUGUGGUCUUAAUUUACCACGAAAAGAUCUUGAGAAGCACAAGGCAAAUAAAUGCUUACAGGCCCUCGUUUCAUGUCCUAAUGAAUGUAGGAACAAUGAGGAGGAGAUUAUCAAAAAGAUAAAAAGGAUUGAUUUAGCUGAUCACCUGUCAAACGUCUGUCCAAAGGGUCUGGUCGACUGUGCAUAUAAAGAGCAAGGAUGUGAAGUGAAGGUUGAGCGCCAAGAUGUCGAGAAGCACGUACAAGAAAACAUGUCAGGACACAUGAUGUUACUUGCUAAAGAAUGUUCGUUUCUUAGGAAACAGAAUACAUCACUUACAGAUCAGUGCUCAUCCCUUGUUCAUAAGAAUGAGAAGUUAAACAAAGAGUUAAGCCAAGUUAAGAACAAUCUUGAAAGAAUUAAAGAUGAAAUUCCCAAUACGUACACAUGGAAAAUACAAAACUUUCGAUCCCAGGCAAGGAAACGGAAUGUCCAUUUCUUCAGAAGCCCUACAUUCUGGUUGUGUGGUUACUGUUGGUAUCUAAAGAUAUAUCCUAAUGGCGAAAGAGAUAAUAAAGGAUACCUGACAUUGUAUCUACAUGCUUGUUGUAAUGAUUCUACACAUGGCACUUCUAUGGUAGUGGUACCCAAUGGUCAGAUAUCUGUAUUUUUCAGAUUGAAGGUGUUGAGCCAAAAUCCUUUCAAAGACAUAUCAUUUGAAAAAAAUGAUGUAUUUUCUUACGAAGAACUAGAAGGUAGUGGAUGGGACGUCAUGAAAACUGGUGUAGCACUUUCACCAGUCUACUGUACCAAUGGCAGUCUAACCAUCCAAUGUACAAUACAGCUAGAUAAACCACAAUAGGUACCAUGUUACACAGAUAAUGUACUUUAUACAGCCUACCGUAACAGUACCAAUGGUAGUCUAACCAUCCAAUGUACAAUACAGAUAGGUAAACCACAAUAGGUUCCCUGUUAAACAGAUGAUGUAGUAUCUACAGCCUACUGUAACAGUAUCAAUGGUAGUCUAACCAUCCAAUGUACAAUACAGCUAGAUAAACCACAAUAGGUUCCAUGUUACACAGAUGAUGUAUUAUCUCUAGCCUACUGUAACAGUAUCAAUGGUAGUCUAGCCAUGCAAUGUACAAUACAGAUAGAUAAACCACAAUAGGUUCCAUGUUACACACAGAUGAUGUACUUUCAUUCUCGUUCCGAAACCAUACUCAUUAGCCAAAACGUAUUCUCCAAAUCGUAUUUCCAUUUGUCGAACAUAUAUACUUUUUUCAAAUAGAAAACGUAAACAAGCCGUUGGCUAAAAGGUUGAGCCAGUAUUUCAUGAUCAGCGAUCCUGAGAUAGAUCAUGCGCUCUGACGACCUAGUCGCAAGAUUCUGGCUUCCGGUCCGUAAGGUUUCCCAGAGCCAAUGAUUUGGCUAAUGAGUAGGGUCUGGGAACGAGAAUGUUUUUAAAACUUAAAACCGAACCGAACUUGUUUCCAUAGCAACACAGUAGUGAGUAUUAUGGUUUAUGCUAUAAAUGUGCACAGUUGCAUUGGAAUCUGCUUUAUAUUUGAAGAAUUAUUUUUCCUCUGUGUAUUAGCUUGAAUUUGAGCACAACGAAUGGCGUCAUCAGUUACCUAAUUUGCAUAUAUUAGGGUGAAAUUAUUCACUCUGGAACGAGGCAAGAUAUCAAGGAUCGACAAAGGAACAGAAAAACCCAUUCUCUUUUAUUUACAUAGAACUAUGUAAUAAAAUAAAUAUUGCACUGGUAAAUUUUUGGCUGCAUAUAUAGGCAGUAUAUAAGUCGAUAAUUAAGUAUUAAUUAAGGAAGUUUAUGGGUAAAAGGCCCCGACUUCGUUUAGCCGACAGAAUGCGUGGACGUUCACUAUUCUACGGUAAAAACGCGAGAAGAACGUAAACAUGAAAAGCGGUCAAAAAUGAGCCAUAUUUUACUGAAAAAAUAAAUUGAUCGCCCAAUUUUGCACAGAACUCUUGAAAAUAAUACCAAAUAAUUCGUUUACAUUUAAUAUUGAUCUUAAAAAUUUAGAAAUAUUAAUGGCCGAAUGCAAAAUUAAUAUCGGGGAAUAUUUACCUAGACGCGAGUCUUCGAGGUUUAAUCAUAAGUGAAUAAAAUAAUUUUUCAAAUUUUACUUAUCGCUACAAGAGGCACAAAUCGACAAACAAGUGUUCGUGCCGCGCUAUGUUGUAGCUCUUAUUAACCGAGUGCGAGGUCCGUACCGUAAGAUAUGGACCGAGUUUUUUCCGCUGACUUUUGACCCAAGCGCGUAGCGCGCGGGCCAUUAUAAAAGUGGGGGAAAACGAGGAUCCAUAACUUAUGGUACGGACCGAGCAAACGAGGUUAAUAAGAUAUUUAUUAUAUGGCAUGCAAGGCACUGAGUUUAAAAAGAAGUAAAAAMAUAAAAUUGACAGACGAGAACUGCAUUGUCAAACGAGAACUGCAUUGGAAGGGCUUCCUCAGUGUACGUGCCACAAGUCAUGCAUGUCUGAGUCGCUCAGAAAAAGAGGUUUUAGUUUACCUUUGAAUGAAUUUAGCUAUAGUUUAAAGUUUUCUGAAAUACUUGUCAACGAAAGUGAGGCUUUCUUUUGCAAAACGUGAAUGCAAAGCAAAAGAGUCMGGGAAUUUUGUUUAAAGGUAACCAUGAGUAUCCGUGUGAUACUCAUACUGUUUGCAAUUUUCGAAUAGACUGAUAAAUCUUUUCAAAAAAUGGAAAAAUUAUUGAAAUAUUUAGUAUCAUUUUAUGCCGGACAGUUUAAUUACGUUGGGUAUCUUGUGUAAUACGAUAAAAGCAGGGCCUAGGUAAGUUAGACAUGUAGCCCAUGCUUGUCCAUGCGGCUCAACAAGGUCAGUGAAAACUGUUAUUUAGUCAGGGAGAAGUCAGCGAAAAGUCAGGGAAUUUUUAUUUUCAAAAUGGCUGGGAACCCUGAACAAGUACCGUGUAGAGCCUUGAUCGAAUAAGUUGUCGAUUAUAUUAAGUUUAAUAUUAAAUGCUGGUGACCUUUAAUCUGAGUAGUAGAGUAGAAACCUUUAUUUAAACAAAAAAGUAUAAAAAAACAGGGUAGUCCAUUCAGUGGCAAAAUGCCCCUGCUAUCAAAAGGAGCCCUGUUAAAUACACAUACUCAACUUACAAUAAAUAGAAACUAAAAAAAGCUAAUACGAUUAAAAUGAAAUACUAUUUACAAUAUAGUUUCAAUACUAAAUCUAAUAAUGUAAGUACCUAAAAGCUAACAUAUAAAGGGUUGUCAGACCUUUCCCGAAUUCGCCAGGACGCCCACGGAACAAAGGCCAAAAGCCGAGACCGAAACCAAAUCAAAGCCGACCUCGACCCGUGGCCAUCACUCCGCGAGCAUCCAAGCGAAUCUGGGAAAGGCCCAACAACCAUCAACUAUGAUCGUAGCCUAUUAAAAAUUUUACAUCCAUUAUAGUAAAAUGAUUUCUUAGCCAACUCGGUUCUUACCCUUGGCAAAUGUAACAUAUUGCUUUGUCUAGUGAACCUGUUGUGUAUAGCAUUAUUAAAAGUAAAAUAAUUUCU